AUGUCUUCCGCUCAGCAACGCCUGAACCAGGUUUCCUCCCACUUCGGAAAGAAGGGAGCCGCCGCCCUCACCGAGAAGCACCCCGAUGACAUUGUCGUGACAUGUGCUCUGCGAACGGCCCUCACCAAGGGUGGUAAGGGUGGCUUCAAGGAUACCGCUGCUGCUGAUCUGCUCGCUGGUGUCUUCAAGGCUGUCCUUGACAAGAGUGGUCUCGACCCCAAGGCUGUUGAGGAUAUCGCUGUUGGCUCCGUCCUGCCUCCCGGUGGUGGUGCUACUGAGUUCCGUGCCGCUGCUCUCGUGGCUGGCUUCCCCGAGACCACUGCUGUCAAGAGUCUGAACCGUCAGUGCUCCAGUGGUCUCCAGGCCAUCGCCGAUAUUGCCAACGGUAUCCAGUCUGGCAUGAUCGAUGUUGGUAUCGGUGCUGGUGUUGAGAGCAUGUCCUCUCAAUAUGGGCCCGGUGCCGUGACUGAAUUCUCCGACCUCCUCGAGAACCACCCCGAGUCUGCCAAUUGCAAGGUUCCCAUGGGUGUCCUGUCCGAAAACAUGGCCAAGGACCGUGGUGUGAGCCGUGCGGCCCAGGACGCUUUCGCCGCCAACUCAUACCAAAAGGCCCUCAAGGCCCAGAAGGCUGGUCUCUUCAACGAGGAGAUCGCCCCUCUGGACGUGAAGUGGACCGACCCCAAGACCGGCGAGGAGAAGACCAUCACCGUGAAGGCCGACGACGGUAUCCGUGAGGGUAUCACCGCCGAGUCCCUGGGCAAGAUCAAGCCCGCCUUCGCCAAGGACGGCUCCAUCCACGCCGGUAACGCCUCCCAGAUCUCCGACGGUGCCGCCGCCGUCGUCCUCAUGAAGCGCUCCACCGCCGAGCGUCUGGGCCAGAAGAUCAUCGGCAAGUACGUUGCCGCCAGCGUCGUCGGUGUCAAGCCUCUCCUCAUGGGUGUUGGCCCCUGGAAGGCCAUUCCCGUUGCUCUGGAGAAGGCCGGCAUCACCAAGGACGAUGUCGACAUCUACGAGAUCAACGAGGCCUUCGCCUCCCAGUGCGUCUGGUGUGUCAACGAGCUUGGCAUUCCCGCAGAGAAGAUCAACCCCAAGGGUGGUGCGAUCGCUUUCGGUCACCCUCUUGGCUGCACUGGUUCCCGCCAGGUCAGCACUCUGCUCACUGAGUUGAAGCGGACAAACAAGAAGAUUGGUGUCACCAGCAUGUGUGUCGGUACCGGUAUGGGUAUGGCCGCUGUCUGGGUUGCGGAAUAA